AUGCACAAGUUUACUCUUGCUUAUGAUGCUAUUCAAGCUUGGAAAUCCCAUCAAUUAAGAUCAAUUAAUCAAGACCUUGGAAGAGAGAGUGUUUUAGAUGUUUUAGGUGAAGAUGCAAUUUAUUUGAAUUUAGAUUUUGCCAUGAAUCCUCGGAUUCAUUGUGAUCAAGAACAAGAUGAAUUUAUGGUUGGGAAUCGAAAACAAACUCUUCUUGAAGAAGAUGAUGAAGAAGAGAGUGAAAGCGGAUGUAAUUCUGAAAAAGUACAUGAUAGUUCAAUUGGGCAAACUUGCAUACGCUGUGAUAAUGCUGGCUGCUAUCAUAGUGCUUAUACAGUGUUAUCGAUGCCAGCUGCUUCCGAGAAGUGUGGAAUAGCAGUACGAAGAAUGGAUUUCGCUGAUCUUCAAGGUAGUAAAGGUUCUAGUGAUAGAUAUGCUGCUAUUAUAAAAUCUCAUGUUAGACGUUAUCUAAAUGAGAAACACGAUGUUACAAAUGCAGAGCAAUUUGUCGAAGCUUGUUUAUCCUAUGGAGGAAAAGUCAUUAUCGGAUCACUCGAUCUAAUUAAACCAUCACCUGAAAUAAUCUUCGGUUCAUCUGUUAAUAAUAAUCUGUCAGGUUCUAUAAAUGUCAAUCUUAGUGGCGAAUGUACUGAAUCGGUCAAUGAAGCUACAAACUUAUUUGAAUGUCCAGAGGAAACAUGUGUAUCUUCGUUUGUGAAAUACGGAAAUUUACUUAGACAUCUUGCAGUUGGUAAUCACCGUCAUAUGCUCGAAAAAGAAUCUCUCAAGGAUGAUAUUGCAGUGCACGAAGCAAUCGAAAGAAUAACAUUCUUGAAGAAAACAAACGAAAUACCAGAAACAGCAAGUAAAGAAAAACGUCCAUUAUCAUUAAUACAAAAUGAACCAAGUACACCAAAGCGUUCAACUACCUCACACAAUCAAAAAUAUUAA